AUGAAUACAAAUACAAAUAUAAUCGAUAAAAUAGAUAGAUUAAUCAAUGGAAAGAAUGUUUUGAAAUUUAGAAGUGAGCGAUCUAUAUUUCCUUAUAAAUAUUAUGAUAAUCUAAUAGUUUUAGUUCAUAAUCAUUUGAAAGAUAAAGAUAAUGAACAACACACAAAUAUCAUAUUAAUCGGAAAUAUUAAAAAUAAUGAUGAGAUAGUAGUUCCAGAUACAGUCGAUACUCAAUAUCAAUAUCAAUUAAUCAUUUCAGAUUCACUCUUAAAUCUAUCGAUACUUUUAAACAAAUCAGAAUCAUACACAAUCAAUAUUCAAAAAUGUCAAUUCAAAUACACGUUUGACUAUUUCAAACAAACGCACAUCAUUAAUAACAAACGAUAUCAUUCAAUAUCAAGAUUUACAAACAGUAAUAAUAUCAAUGAUGUAUAUUUAGUGUAUGGUCCUGAUAAUUCUUUUAAUAAAAGAUUGGUAAGAUCAUUUUUCAAAGUAAUUAAUCAAUUGACAAUCAUAAAACUAACAAAAUCAAUUCAAAAGUAUGUUUAUAAAAAGAUAAACUAUAAAGGUAAAGAUAAUCAGAAAUCUUAUGAAAGAGCUGAGAAUGAAAUCAAAUCAAUGAAAUUACUCAAAGGUAAUCAAAGAUUUGUUCAACUUGUUGACUAUCAUGAUGAUAAAGAUAAUCAAAUCUUUCAUAUCAUCACUGAAUAUUGUGAUAGUGGUGAUCUUUCUCAAAAGUAUAAACAUUUAACUGAUCUAAAUCUCCAACUUUUCAAUAUUCUUUUGGAACUUGAUAAACAUGGAAUUGUUCAUUGUGAUAUCAAACCAUCAAACAUAUUCAUUGGUGAUUAUGGUACUUUGAUUCUUGGUGAUUUUGGAUGUUGUAAAUUCAUUGAUCAAUCAACAAUCAUUGAAUAUCAAGAUUCAAAAGUAUUUUUCAAGGCACCUGUUGUCAUAACAAGUGUUUCAAAUUCGAAAGAAAUAUCAGAUCCAACUAUUUUUGAUAUGUAUUCAAACACACUUAUAAAUGCAACUCGUGGAACAAUUGGUUAUAUUUCACCAGAAGCAAUGAAACGACAAUAUGCACAAUCAUGUGACAUCUUUUCAAUUGGAUCAACAAUUCUCAAAUUAUUAUGUUGGUAA